AGCGUUUAUUCGGUUCAGUCAUACCGAAAAGAAGGGUAGAGGGAGGACGCGCGCACACCGGAUCACCGGGAGCGGACCGGACAGAAACGUGCGGACACAGUUUUGUGACAUAUGAUCAUUUUCAUCGGUCAUCUGAGAUAUGAAGGGUUAUUUUUUAAAUCAUGAGUGAAAUAUGAGAAUGAGAGACAUGAGAUCGCGCGCACCGGCCUGAUCGCGCGCGCCCGGCCGAAUCAGAUUCACCUCAGUGAUAUCAUUCAGCGUUAUCAUCAUAUUUAUAUAAUUCUAGAGGAUUUCUACAAGACAUUGUGUUCAAGAGAGCGAAAGGAGGUGUGUGUUAUAAAAAACACGGAGAUGGAUUCGGACACAGCCGCAGACUUCACCGUGGAAAACGUGGAGAAGGCUCUGCAUCAGCUCUAUUAUGAUCCCAACAUCGAGAAUAAGAAUCUGGCUCAGAAAUGGCUGAUGCAGGCUCAAGUGUCUCCUCAGGCCUGGCAGUUCUGUUGGGUUUUACUGAGACCAGACAAGGUUCCAGAGAUCCAGUACUUUGGCGCCAGUGCCCUUCACACCAAGAUCUCCCGCUACUGGAGCGACAUCCCGGCCGAGCAGUACGACUCCCUCAAAUCCCAGCUCUUCUCUCAGAUCGCCCGUUUUGCAUCCGGCUCCAAGAUCGUCUUGACCCGGUUGUGCGUGGCGCUGGCGUCCCUCGCCCUCAACAUGAUGCCUGAGGCCUGGCCGGGGGCUGUUUCUGAAAUGGUGCGCAUGUUUCAGGAGGACGGCGGUGACGUUGAUGGACGCGCUCGCUGUUUGGCUUUACUAGAGUUGCUGACGGUUCUUCCAGAGGAGUUUCAGACCAGCCGGCUGCCGCAGUACCGCAAGGGGCAGGUGAGGGGCGCUCUGGGCAGCGAGUGGACGGCUGUGUACCCGCUCCUGCAGCAGUUACUACGGCAGCCGGACUCUCCGUCGCUGGUGAAGGCCCGUGUGCUCAAGUGUCUGUCCAGUUGGGUUCUGUUGGACGUCCCUUUGAACGAGAGCGAGGGCUUGGUGGAGGCCAGUUUUACGGCGCUGGCGGAUCCGGAGCUGUUCGAUACGGCGGUGGAGGCCAUCGUCAACACCAUCUCACAGCCAGACUCACAGAGGUAUGUGAACACACUCCUGAAGUUGGUGCCACAGGUGCUUCAGCUGCAGGAACAGUUACGAGACGCCGUUCAGAAUGGAGACAUGGAGACGUCACACGGCAUCUGUCGAAUCGCCGUCUCUCUGGGAGAAAAUCACUCAAGAGCUCUGCUGGAGCAGGUGGAGCACUGGCAGAGUUUCCUGGCACUGGUGAAUAUGAUCAUGUUCUGCACUGGCAUCCCGGGACACUACCCUGUCAACGAGACCACCAGCUCUCUCACACUCACCUUCUGGUACACACUGCAGGAUGACAUCAUGUCGUUUGAGGCAGAGAAGCAGGCCGUGUAUCUGCAGGUCUACAGGCCAGUGUAUUUCCAGCUCGUGGACGUUCUGCUUCAUAAAGCCCAGUUUCCCACUGAUGAAGAGUACGCCUCCUGGUCUUCAGACGAGAAGGAGCAGUUCAGGAUCUACAGGGUGGAUAUCUCUGACACACUGAUGUACGUCUAUGAGAUGCUGGGAGCUGAAUUACUCAGUAACCUGUACGACAAACUGGGGCGACUCCUCACUAACACAGAGCAAACAACAACAUGGCAGCACACAGAAGCGCUGUUGUACGGCUUUCAGUCCAUCGCCGAAACUAUAGAUGUGAAUUAUUCAGACGUGAUCCCAGGACUCAUCGGCCUCAUACCAAGAAUCAACAUCAACAACGUCCAGCUGGCUGACACCGUCAUGUUCACAAUAGGAGCGCUGGCGGAGUGGCUGGCCGAUCAUCCGGUGAUGUUGAGCAGUGUCCUGCCACUGGUUUUACAGGCGCUGGGGAAUCCAGAUCUGUCUGUUUCCAGCGUCUCCACGCUCAAGAAGAUCUGCAGAGAGUGCAAAUACGAUCUGCCGCCGUACGCCACCAAUAUAGUCGCCGUGUCACAGGAAGUGCUUAUUAAACAGAUCCACAAGACCAGUCAGUGUAUGUGGCUGAUGCAGGCUCUGGGUUUCCUGCUGUCGGCGUUACCUGUGGAGGAGAUCUUGAGGAACCUUCACUCUCUGAUCACACCGUACAUCCAGCAGCUGGAGAAACUGGCAGAGGAGACGCCAAACCCCUCCAAUAAACUGGCCAUCAUUCACAUCCUCGGCCUGCUGUCCAAUUUGUUCACCACACUGGACAUCACCAAACAGGAGGACGAGUCAGGAGAGAACGCCCCGCCUAUCAAAUCAGCCCCGCCCCCCACAGGCCCAAACCCGGUGGUGGUGGUGCUCCAGCAGGUCUUCGCUCUCAUACAGACUGUCCUCAGUAAAUGGCUGAACGACUCACAGGUUGUGGAGGCGGUGUGUGCCAUCUUCGAGAAGUCUGUGAAAACUCUCCUGCAUGAUUUUGCGCCGAUGGUGUCUCAGCUGAGCGAGAUGCUGGGUCAGAUGUACAGCACUAUACCACAGGCGUCUGCGCUGGACUUAACCCGCCAGAUGGUUCACAUAUUUGCCAGCGAAACGAAUCACUUUCCUCCAAUCAAAGCACUGUUUGAGCUGGUCACUUCAGUCACUCUGACCAUCUUUCAGCAAGGGCCCAGGGAUCAUCCUGAUAUUGUUGAUUCAUUUAUGCAACUCCAAGCUCAGGCUCUCAAACGGAAGCCCGAUUUAUUCUUGUCAGAGAAUCUUGAUGUGAAAGCUGUUUUCCACUGUGGAGUGCUGUCACUGAAAUUUCCAGAAGCCCCUACAGUUAAAUCCACCUGCCUUUUCUUUUCCGAGCUGAUCCCGCACUGCGCAGACAUUCCUCCUCUGGCUCGGGUGGUGCAGGAGGAUGGAAAGCUCCUGCUAGUAGCUGUGCUGGAGGCCAUCGGCGGUCAGUCAUCCCGCAGUCUGAUGGAUCAGUUUGCAGAGGUGCUCUUCUGUCUGAAUAAGCACUGCUUUACUCUGCUGACGGUGUGGCUCAAAGAGGCUCUGCGUUCGCCAGGCUUUCCGUCCUCGCGCGUGUCGGACGAGCAGAAAAACACCUUCAGCCAACAGGUGCUCAGGGAGCGAGUGAACAAGCGGCGAGUCAAAGACAUUGUGAAGGAGUUCACACUGGUGUGCCGAGGACUUCACGGGACUGAAUAUGCAGCGGAUUACUAAAACCCCCUCUAAAAAAACUACAAUUCCCAGAAGCCCCGGGAAAAAAAUCAAUACUGUGUCGGAAACUGAAGCGCCAGGCCUCGCGCUCUUCCUCCAGCUCUCUCUGUCUCUUUCAGCCUCUCUCGCAUUGGGAUUUCGGGCCCGAACAGUCGACGUUUCCCACAAUUACGGCAUGUUCGCUGGAAACCGUUCUCCGAUUAUCCCGCGUUCGAUCUUCCGUGGCUCUCGGGCUGUUUUAUUUUCCGCCCUGUGAUCAUUUGCAUCCAUUUGAACGAAGAAAUAGCAUUAGAUCAAUGUUUUUAUUUUUGAUUUUGGACAUAUAUACACAAAUAUAUAUAUUAAAGUAUAUAUAUAUAUCUAUAAAUAAAUGCACAUAAUAAUGUAGUGAAGCGUGGGGUGUGGAGUAUGUGUGCUGCUAACAGAGAGAGGGACCAAUACAGACUGAAUUUUUGUUUGUUUUUUUCCUCUGUGGCUUUAUAUCUAUUCUCUAUAUCUGUCCGUCUAACUCCUCACGCUCCAUUCUGACAAAAUGUUGUGGACUUUUUUUAAUCAAAGGAUUAUUAUGAUUGUUUUUGAUAUACAUAUAUAUACAUAAAUUAGGUCAGCAGUGUAUUUGGGGGACUAGUAAAGGCUGGGCGACACACACAGAAUGAGAGAGAGAGAUGCAUCUCAUAAAAAAAAUGUAAGUCAAACUUUUUUCUCACUAUUUUGAGGAGUUGCAAAUUCUCUUCAUAGUUGCAGAAAACAAGUCGGGAUUGCUAAAUAUAAACGAAGGAUACUUAAUUUCUCACAAUUCUGAGUUUAUAUUUCAAAUAUUUCACUUUUUUAAUCAGAAUUGUGACUUUUUCACCAAUCACAACUUUAUGGUCUCACAAUUAUUCUUCAUAAUAUGCAUUUCUGACUUGAUUUUCAUAAUUUCCUGAUGGUUUAGAUUUGUAAUUCUAAGUAAAAUCAUAAUUGCGAAAACAAACAUUCAGCUUUUAAAUUUCUGACUUUUGAGGUUUUUUUUUUUUUUGCAAUUGCAAUACUAUGAUUUCAUCUUCAGUCAUAAACGAUUGAUUCUUCUUUAGUUACACUAAAUACUACAAACACUGGGUCAUUUUAACCCAAUAUUGGGUCAAAUAAGAAUAAUUUCAAAUUUGGGAUAAGUUUUUGGUAAACUAGUUAAGCUAGUUAUUAGUUUAAAGUACCCUUAUUAACCUAGCUGUUGGGUUUUUGUCCGUAUUUGACCCAACAGCUUAAACAACUCAGCACUUUUUUUUGUGCAUAAAUGAUGACAGAAUGUUCAAAAAUCAAAAAAGAAAAAAUGAAAAGUGUAAGAAAAACACUUUUCUGAAUUUACAAAUACCAAAAUGAAAUGUACACACACACGCACACAAAAAUAAUAAUCCCUUGUUUAUUUACAACCUAUCGUGCAAUUUUAAAUUCUAUGAUUACUUCAGUUACACUCAAAAAAUACUGGGUCAUUUUAAUGCAAUGUUGGGUCAAAUGAAGACAAACCCAACAUUGGGAUAAGUUUUUUGAUUCAAUUUGAAGUAUUAUUUUUUUUGUCCAUAUUUAACCUAGCGUUGGGUUACAACAAUCCAUCAUUAUAGAUAUAUAGAUGCAAAUCCAAACAUGCUAGAUAUUUACUUGUAAAAAAAAUCCAGAAUUGUGAAAUGAAGCCAGAAUUGCAAGAUAUGAACUCUUGAUUAUUCUGUGUACUUGUCCUUGCAAUUCUAACUUUCCUUCAAAAUUAUAACCUUUUUUAUUAAACUUUUUCUUCAUUUAAAAUUAAAAGAUACAAACUCAUAAUUCUGGGGGACAGAAUGAAAAUCAAAACUAAGAAAAACUAGGACAAUGAAAUUGUGAGAAAAUCUAGAAUACGGAAAUUGAAGGAAAAACAAUGAAACUAAAAUUGUGGGAGAAACUAGGACAAUGACAUCGUGAGAAACUUCGAUACUGAAAUUUUGAGAAAAACUAGGACAAUGAAAUUGUGAAAAACUAGGAUACUGAAAUUGUGAUAAAAACUUGGAUACUGAAAUUGUGGGAAACUUGGAAACUGAAGUUGGAGGAAAAACAAUGAAACUAAAAUUGUGAGGAAACACUAGGAUACAGAAAUUGUGAGAGAAAAAAACUUGCCAGAAGAAUAUUUUAAAUUGCAACGUUUCUGAAUUGAUAUCUACCAAGAUUAAAUUUACACACAAACACAAAAUAAUAAGCCCUUAUUUAUUUACACCUGAUCAUGCAAAUCCAAAACACUGGGUCGUUUGGUCAAAUAAGGUCAAACCCAACAUUGAUUUUUCAAUUCAGUUUAAAGUACCCAUGUUUAAUCCAAAGUUGAGUUAAAACAACCCAGCAUGUUAUUCGAGUGCAUACAUGUUGACAGAAUAAUGGUUUAGGAGUGACCUGCUUAUUCAAAUUCAUCUGGUAUGCACACAAACACACACUCAAAAUAUUAUUGUUCAAACUACUUACUCCAGAUGAACAGAAACAACAAGUCUUUUUGACACAACUUAAUUGUUUUAUGUUCAAUCUACUUCAAUUUGUAAAAACUAAGUUAACUUCAUUCCUUCAUGUUGCUCCAACACAAACCUGAUCGUGUGUAAGCCAGCGUUUUUAUAGUGCACUCAUCAACUCCAACCAUAAAAUCCGUUCGGGUUGUUUCAACACAAAUCAAUUAAGUUAUCUUAACAAAUUUAAGUUGAUUGAACAUAAAGCAAUUAAGUUUUCCCAAGAAGAGCUCAAGAAUUGUGUUGUUUUAGCUCAUUUGACAUAAGUAGUUUAAAUUAGUUUUUUUGUACACACACACACACACACACACACACACACACACAUUAUACCGGAGUGCACUGAGGAACUAAAUAGCACAUGUUUUUCUCUCUCUCUCACUCUUUCUGUGUGUCUGUUUUUCCACCCAGCCGCUGUUUGCCGACAUGUAGCAUGUGUGUUGCGUUGCGUCGGGGCCCAGAAUGUGUCCUAAUUAGUGGACAAGGGCCGUCCUGUGCUGUUCAUUUACUAGUGAGUCACUGAGUGAGGACUAAGAGAGAGACGGAGACCGAGGAGUCACUUGUACAUUAGGCUUUUUUUGUUCUCUUUUUCUUUUUUGUACCUUGUUUUAAUUUAUUAAAUACAUCUGAGAUGGCA